CACACCGCAAAUCACAGUGAGCAGUAGUUCCAUAUUGUAAGUACUAAGUGCAAAUGAGGUAUUUUAUGCAUCGUAGUAUGAAAAGUCUUAAAUGAUAACAAUAAGUCGCCUGAUAUGAUAUCAAUUUAUUAAAAUAACUAACGCUAUCAGGGAAUUAAAGACAGUUGCAAGGUAAUCGAAUAUAGCUGUUAUUUGCGUGAUUAUAAUAUCCACUCGAAAAGUUCUUAUCGCGCUUCGGUUUUUAAGCUCGGUCUCUGUUAUCUAGCAUUCCUACGACAUCACAACAAAUUGUAAACAAGGGAUUUAGGUAAUUAUGUUGUCCCUAUAAAAAAGUGUGUUGAUACCUACGUUAAUUUUGAGACUUUUUCGGUGAUAAAUCAAAAAAUGACGUUAAAGCUUUUAAUUUCUUGAGAUAAAAACAUGUUGUUCUAGUUCUAUUAAACUAUUGGCAAUUACAUAGUUAUUCUCAUUUGCAUUGAGUAUUUUGAGAAUGGAACUUCUAAUAACAGUUUUUUGUGGUAUCAGUACUUUAGUGUCGUUGGUGUUCUUAUUUCUUCGAUAUCGAAUGUGCUAUUGGAAAUAUCGUCAAAUACCUCACGAUGAACCGGGAAUGUUUCUUGGCAACAUGAAGCCAAAUACCCAUCAAUGUGCACCAAUGAAUGAUCUUUAUAAGAAGUACAAAGGCACUGGACCGUUUUGUGGACUUUAUUUCUUCAUGACACCAGCUGUAUUGGCACUGGAUUUAAAUUUAGUGAAAAAAGUGUUGGUGAAAGAUUUUAAUAAUUUCGCUGAUCGUGGAUUCUUUUCGAACGAAGUCGAUGAUCCUUUAAGUGCACAUAUCGUAAGUUUGGAUGGACCAAAAUGGCGUCGUUUACGGAAUAAAUUUUCACCGACUUUUACAUCCAACAAAAUGAAAUCAGUAUUUCCAAUAGUUGUUGAUAUCGGACAUCGAUUUGUCAAGACAUUUAGUGAUAUUAUUAGUGAAAAAGGUAGUGAAAUAGUAGAAAUCAAAGAUUUGAAUGCAAGAUUUACCACCGACGUUAUUGGAUCGUGUGCAUUUGGUAUUGAGUGUAAUAGCUUAAAAGAUCCCAAUGCAGAGUUUCGAAAGUACGGUCGUUCAGUAUUUGAAGAGCAGAAUCAUCAUUCACUGAUAAUUGGAUUCACACGAAGUUGUCCGAAAUUAGCAAGGAAAUUAAGAAUUCGUACAACAAAACGUGAAAUUGAGACAUUUUUCAUGGGAGCAGCUCGAGAUGCAGUGGAAUAUCGAGAAAAGAACAAUAUUCGAAAGAAUGAUUUUAUGAGUACUUUGAUUGAUUUGAAGAACAACAAACCGAUCCAAACUGAAGAUGGUCAAAUUGUGAAUACAGAAGGUUUAACAAUGGAAGAAGUUGCAGCUCAGGCUUUUUUGUUUUGGGUGGCUGGGUUUGAGACAUCUUCAUCGGCAAUGUCGUAUACGAUAUACGAACUUGCUCGACAUGUUGAUAUUCAAGAUAAAUUGAGGCAAUCCAUUGAUGAAGCUUUUGAGAAGCAUAAUGGUGAAGUGACAUACGAGUGUCUCAGGGAGAUGCAGUAUUUAGAUCAAGUUUUUGAUGAAUCUAUUCGAAUGCAUCCAAUAGUUCCAUCAUUACAACGUGUUGCAGCUGCUGAUUACCAAGUCAAUAAUGAUCCAAAAUAUAAAAUUGAAAAAGGUUCAAUGGUUUUCAUUCCGGUUGAAGCGAUUCAUUAUGAUCCGGAAAUUUAUCCCAAUCCCAGCAAAUUCGAUCCGGAACGUUUUAGUUCCGAGGAGAAGUCAAAACGUGAUACAGUAGCUUUCUUACCAUUUGGCGAAGGACCUCGAAAUUGUGUCGGACUGAGUUUUGGAAAAAUGCAAGCAAAAAUUGGUUUGGCAUUUUUAAUUAAAAAUUUCAAAUUUAGUUGUUGUGAGGAAACACCGGAAAAGUUAAGGAUUCAUACAGAACAUAUUUUAUGGGUAACUGAUCAUGGAAUUCCGUUGAAAGUCGAGAAGGUUUAGUACGUUUUUGUACAAAGAAUGUUUAGUAUUACUUAUGUUUUGA